UCUCUGCCUCCUUUUCCGCCUCAAGCUCACUAUCUUCUUCUCUACCUUCUUUGCUCUAGUUGGACUCUACUGGAUCUUUCUCUCCUACCUUCUCAUCUUCACCCUAUCUUCCUAUCUUAAAUUCUAUACACCUCUCUCUUCAAUGGAAGCCGAAUUACUGUGUUCUUUAUGGACAUAAGUUAUUAUUUUCUCUCUAAACUGGCCUUAUUUUUAUUCUCUUUUUAUCUCUCUCUCUUUCCGUUUGUCCAUGCUCACAUCUUUUUCACCCGCUUCAUGCACUGACAUCCUACUGCAAUUCUCCGACGGCGCCCAUCUCCACUCCCUCCUCUCUUUCUCCCCCCUGAGGUGAGAUAGGAAGGAGGGAGCCGCCCAUCCCUCAAACCACAAUCUGUGGAGAUAGAGAGUGGAGGACACAGCUGCGAGCAGAUUUGUUGAAGAAGGUGGAGAGGAGAGGAACAAUAGAGAUAUUUAAAGACAUUCAGCAUCAGCAGCAAGAAGGGUCCCAGUACGGGGGAACGACUUCGGAAAUGGUUCCAUUCUCGCCCUCCGCCGUCGACUCCGGGGGGCACCUGCUAGGGCCUCCCGGUCCCGACCCAGUUCUGCAGCCGCCGUUGGCCGCAUCAGCGUCGCCCAGCUGCAGCCGGUCCCUGCCGCGUCGGAUCGUGGAUUUCGAGGAACUAGCACCCGCCGUGGUCGGGAAUUUCCCGGACGAGGACGCCGACAAGAGUGGUGGCACGACGGGGAACCGGUGGCUGCGGCAGGAGACGCUCGCACUGCUCAAGAUCCGCUCCGAGAUGGACGCCUCCUUCCGGGAAGCCACAUUCAAGGGCCCUCUCUGGGAGGAGGUCUCCAGGAAACUGGCGGAGUUGGGCUACAAGCGGAGGGCCAAGAAGUGCAAGGAAAAGUUCGAGAACGUGCACAAGUACUACAAGCGCACCAAGGAAGGCCGGGCCGGCCGACAUGACGGCAAGAGCUACCGCUUCUUUAGCCAGCUUGAUGCCCUCUACAGUGGCAGCAUCAGCGGUGGCGGUGGCGCCACCACCUCAGCAGGCUUCAGCUCCUCUGCUCCCUCCGUCGUCACAAUUUCACCUCCCUUCGGCGCUGGCAUGGUCGGCUCACCAGUCAGUAGAGCCCAGCCUAUCUCAGCGGUGGCCCCACCGACGAUGGCGAUGCCAACCAGGGCGGUCGUCCCCGAUCUAACCCUUCCCGGUGGCCCGCAGGGAGUCUCGAGCUCCGGCGCCGCUGCCGCCGCCGGGAUAACCUUCUCGUCGAGUUCUUUCUCUUCCUCAUCGUCAUCAGAGUCUGAUGACGAGGAAACCGGAGCGGCUGGUGAGAGUCCGGAAGGGAGGAAGCGGAAGAACGGCAGGGGAUCGGGAACAAGCCGGAAGAUGAUGGCCUUCUUCGAUAGGCUGAUGAAACAGGUGAUGGAACGGCAGGAUGCUAUGCAGCAGAGGUUUCUAGAGGCCAUCGAGAAGAGAGAGCAGGACAGGACGAUCCGAGAAGAGGCAUGGCGGCGGCAGGAGAUGGGGCGGCUCAACCGGGAGCAGGAGCUUUUAGUUCAGGAGCGCGCCUUGGCCGCCUCCCGAGACAACGCCACAAUCUCCUACCUUCAGAAAAUAAACAGCCACACCAUCUCCACACCUACCAUGCCUUCCAACGCACCGCUUCCGCCACAGCAGCCGUUUUAUUCUCCGCCGGCGCCACCAGCAGCAACUCAGCAACAAUCACAACCCCCGACAGCUCCGCAGCAGCAGCAGCAGAGAUCACCCACACUGCCACGGCCGCCCCAGCAGCAGCAUGAGGUUCGGCAACACCACCAAACCAGCGAGGUCGUUUGGCGCCAGUCUUCCUCAGCGUCGGAGAUUGUUCCCAGUCUGGAGCCUCAAGAGGCUGUUGGUGUUGGGAGACUCGAGCCCGUGUCAUCCUCCCGGUGGCUAAGGGCGGAGGUACAUGCAUUGAUUAACCUCCGCACUGGGCUCGAGUCAAAGUACCAGGAGGCCGGGACGAACGGAACAACACUAAGGGAGGAAAUCUCAGCCGGAAUGCAGCGGCUCGGCUAUAUCCGGAGUGCUAAAAGGUGCAAGGAAAAGUGGGAGAACAUCAACAAGUACUUCAAGAAGGUGAAGGAGAGCAACAAGAAGCGGCCGGAGGAUGCCAAGACCUGCCCUUACUUCCACCAAUUGGAUGCCCUUUACCGCAAAAAGCUCCUUGGCAGCGGCAUCGCCGGCGUUGGAAACAGCAGUGGUACCGGCAACACUGUGGGAAUUCAACGACAACAAGGCCGAGAAACCGAUCGCGCUUCCAAUCAACAGCAGAGUGAUGCACCAACAAUCUUGCCACGUCAACAGGCACCUCUGUUAGAGCUAGCCCCAGGAUAUUUACCAAAGGAUAAUUUUGGCAACACAACAAAGACAAUAAAGCGGAAAGAAUAAAGCGACAAGAACAAACAAAACACCAGAACACCAGAUAUACGUGGUUCGGUCAAUUGACUUUGACCUACAUCCACGGAAGAAAGAGGAGCAAAUUACUACUAUAAAAGAGGGACACUUACAAAUGCCUUAGGAAAUGUUCCUAGGCCAUAAAACACCUUCAGCUUCCUAAACAAGAAGACUUCAAACCAUAAGCAGGUUUUCUUGUGAUGCCUGCUGUACUUCUUGUGGUGUCUGUGGUACUUCUCGUGGUGUGUCUAACAUCAAAGCUCAGGCCCUUAUUUAUAGUUCCAAGACGAGACAACAAGUCUGAUUUUCCCGAUGUGGGACUAUGGGACUUGCCAAACUAACAAAUCUCCACCUUGGCAUGUCCCAACAAAACUUGCUCCACCUUCUUCACAAAAGCCCCAACGGGCAAUCACCAACAAUGAACACCAACCAAGUCCAAGCACUGCUUGAACUUGUAAAUCGGAAGAGGCUUCGUAAACAUAUCAACUGGAUUGUCC